AUGCAUGCCCUUGACCCUCGACCACGACCAUCCCUCCGUCCGCCCGGCUGCGAGAGAGGUGUGCGCUGCUCGCGCACCUCACAUCGCCUCUGCUCCGUCUCCCCGCCGUCCUCCUUCAUCUCACGCGACUGCUGCUCGCGCCGCCACGUCAUCGUUUGGGCCGCCACGUCACCGUCCCCGGUCAAGUACGCCGGUGCUCAACAGCGCCAAGGGGCUAUACCCCCAGCCCACCGACCACCAACCUCCGCGACCACCAACUGCGCCAUGUGCCAGCCGCGCGCAACGCGUGCUCCGACCCACCCCUACCCCUCCCACCUUCCCACUCGACGUGCACAGCCCGCCGAUCGCAUGCUGUCGCCGGCGUUCCUCGCAGAUGCGCCCGAACGUGUCGCCGUCAUCAUCGCCAUGGUGAUGAUGACGUGA